AUGUCUUUGGCUGCAGUGGGUAGUCACUUCAGCGCCUCACUUGGACUUGGCCUACUAGCUCUUGGCGGUCACAAUGUGUCCAUGACAGAUCAUGUCAUACGUACAGAAGCAGAUCUUGGUGAACUUAACGAGUUCUACAAUAUUGACUUUGCAUCGCGUCGCUACGAAGCCUUAGAAGAUUAUCACAAGAAUGAACAAGAUCUUCUUGACGAGAUUGACUUUGAGAGUCUCGACCAAGAAGGCAAAGUGGAUUAUAUCAUGCUCAACACAUUUCACACACGACAGCUUAACAAUCUGGAUCUUCAAAAGACGUCUAAAAAGAGCUAUGAGCCACUUAUUCCCUUCGCAGGGGAUCUUGUCGGUCUUCUUGAAGCGAGACAAGAUGUUGAGCCGAUGAAGGCGAAAGAAACAGCUGGUCUAUUGAACAAUAUCACAAAGUCCAUCGGUCGUGUUCAGACAAAGGUACGAGACGGUGGUUUCAACGUCACCGAAACAACCGGCUAUCUCGCCACCAAAGCCAUCACAGGUCUUCUGGACGGUUUGGAAGAGUGGUUCACCUUUUACUCUACCUACGAUCCCCUUUUCGACUUUUGGGUUACCACGCCAUGGCAAGCUGCCAACUCAUCCCUCACAGAGUAUCUCACCGUCGUCCAAACAGAACUCGCAGGAAUGAAUCAAAAGGAUGGACAAGAUAUCAUCGUCGGCGAACCCAUCGGUCGCAAAGGUCUAGAAGUUGAACUCGAAGCAGAAAUGAUUCCAUACACACCUGAAGAACUCAUCGAAAUCGGCAAUCAAGAAUUUAAAUGGUGUGAAAAGGAAAUGAUAAAACAAUCUGAAGCUCUCGGAUAUGGAAAAGAAUGGAAGAAAGCGCUUGAGCACGUCAAGAACGAUUAUGUUGAUCCUGGAAAACAAACAGAAUAUGUACGCAGCUUGAUCGUCGAAGGAAGUCUCUUCGUCACGGAACGCGAUCUGGUUACUGUUCCUCCUUUGUCGAACUCAACAUGGCGCAUGAUAAUGAUCGACGCAGAACGUCAAAAGGUAUCGCCAUUCUUUCUCGGCGGUCCAACGAUUCAAGUCUCGUACCCUGUUGUUUCAAUGGAGCACGAUCUUAAACUCAUGGUCAUGCGCGGCAAUAACAAACAUUUCGCCAAAGCCACUGCAUUCCAUGAGAUGUUUCCUGGUCACAGGCUGCAGCUUUACAUGGCCGAUCGGUAUAACUCGCACCGGAAACAAAUCUUCGAUACUCCCUUUUUUGUAGAGGGUUGGGCUUUAUACUGGGAGUUUCUAUUCUACGAUAGAGAUGAUUUCCAUCAUUCGCCUGAGAAUCGAAUCGGGGCUCUUUGGUGGCGCAUGCAUCGGUGUUUGCGAAUCAUCUUUUCUCUCAAGUUUCACUUGGGUGAGAUGACGGCUCAAGAAGCUGUUGAUCUACUCGUUGACAGGAUUAAUCAUGAGAGGAGUAAUGCAGAGGGCGAAGUGAGACGAUCCGUGGAGGGGACUUAUUCGCCGCUUUAUCAGGCUGGAUAUAUGCUGGGUGCUUUGCAGUUGUGGAAGUUGAGAGAAAUGGCUGUUAAUAGUGGAAAGAUGACACAAAAGGAGUACCACGAUGCGAUUUUGAGGACUGGUGGGUUACCUAUUGAGAUGGUAAAGGCUUUGAUUCUGGAAGAGGAACUUUCCAAGGACUUUAAAGCCGAUUGGAAGUUCUAUGACUUUGAUUAA